AUGGAGCCUGCUCCACAAGAACUCGGAAAUCUCAGAACGUCGUUAGAUCACAGCCAAUCUCUUCUUCCGAAUUCCGCACAACAAUCCUCCGAGAAAUCCGGCCCGCCUACGACACUUUCAGACGUGAAAGCGCCGUGCAAAAGCUUGCAAUUACGAUGGGACUCGAUGCCAUGGAAGCUCGAAAUCCUUAGCUGGAUUGGCAGUCUCUGCUUCUUCAUCGCUUCUAUUAUCGUGUUGCGGGUCCUAGAUGAUCGUCCACUUCCAGAUGUACAGUUCAACAUUACGCCCAACGCGAUCAUUGGAUUGUUGGCCACAUUUGCCGAAGUCCUUUUGAUAGUACCCGUGAAUUCUGCGAUUGGGCAGCUCAAAUGGCUCCAAGCACUUCGAAAGAGGCCAAUGGACGAUUUUCGUACUAUUGACGAAGCCAGUCGAGGACCAUGGGGGAGCGUCUUACUUCUUGCGCGUCGGAAAGGAGGGCUCAUUGCAUAUUUUGGCGCUUUUAUUACAAUAAUUGCGCUGGGCAUUAGCACCUUUUUUCAGCAGGCCUUGAAAUACGACACAAUUUAUCCGCAUUCCGACGACGCUUUAAUGCCAAUAGCGCAGUAUAUGAAUGGCUCAGGCGUUGCACCAAUAGGAAAUGGUGUAAGCACCUCCGGCGUCGAUACUGAGUUCCUAGCCGCUCCAUAUGUUGCACUAUUCAGCCCUGCUCAUACUAAUUUUACUGCCACGGCACACUGCGGUACCAGCAAUUGUACUUGGGAGUCGUAUCAGACGUUGGGCAUUUGCAGCACCUGCGAAAACUUGACCUCUCAACUUAAGGCGACGAAGGUGCAUAUCGUCCCUCACAAUGAAGUGGAGCUUGCCUACGACACCAACUACUACACGCUUCCGAACGGUUUCGGGGUCACCGGCUUACAGCCAGGAGAAAUGCUCAAUCAGGUCGCGUUCGCAGCCAGCAACGCGAUGCUGAAUAUUACAACAACGCUUGCCUCUACUAACCGCAGCAGCCAGUCCGGAGUUUGGGACUCCGUCGCCUUCGCUCACAAUGGCUCGAGGCUGUUGAGCGUGUUUGCAGUUGGCGCAUCCCCAGGUACCAUACCCACCCAAACAGAUGCGAACUACACCUCCGAUCCCAUGACGGGAAGGCUCUUCACCUCACCGGUCGCUUUUGAGUGCCUGCUACAGUUUUGCGUUCGCAACAUGCGUGCAGAAUUUAUAAACGGCACGUUAUCUGAAACUGAGAUUUCGAACUGGACCGAUCAAAACCAGCCUCCUCCUAAUGCAGGCAACAAUCUGGACGUUACCCUUCAACCGCCUAGGUCUCCGACCGCUUUUGUUGCUACUGGCGAAGCUAUUGAAGCAACCGGCAACUGGUUGUCGCGACUCCUGGUUGGCAACGCGACGAUUAGCCCCAGCGGUAACCACUGGGACCUCGUUACCCCCGCCUACUCUUCAGACUUGAUGCAAUCGUUCUACAUGGCCAUGAACAGCUCGACAACUGGAUUCCCAGACCUUAUAGAUAACCUGGCCAACAGCUUAUCUCUCAACCUUCGAACGAUACCAUAUCAGCCUCCGCGUGUUCCGGGCAAAGCCUUUACGUCCACCAGCCAUGCCGUCGUGACAUGGCAAUGGCUGAUCCUGCCGCUAUUCGAGCUCGUUGGAAGCCUUGCGUUCUUGAUCGCAGUCAUGGUGGAAACUAGGAAAAGAGGCCUCGUGCCGUGGACGAACAACGUUCUGGCGUGUCUCUUUCAUGGCCUUGACGAGCGAUUCUUUGGCUGGCACGUUCUGGAAAGUGAAGAGGCCAUGGAAGAUAAGGCUCGUAAGCUGCUGAUUGAGUUUAAACCUAAUCAAGACGGAGGUCGCUUGGUCGUUGCCAAGUCAUAA